AUGAAUGACGACGCUGAACAGCAUCUGAGGGCGAGGAGGUGAGAGCGGACGAUUGCGCUCAUCACGUCGCGAGGUGGGGUUUGUCCCUCGAGGCAAUAUCCGCUUUUCUGUUUUGAGCAGGUGAUCGUCGGAUCGACUUCGUGAUGUCUCUGCAUGCCAUCUUGUUGCUGUUUUAUGCCAUAUUGUGGAUGUUUCAAAGCGUUUUGAUAGUUGUAUGCUAAUUUUGAAUAUUUUCUUGUUUUAGUUUAACCGAACCUUUUUUUGAAUUGAAAUGGUUUUUUUUUAAUUCUAUGGCUCUUAAUGAGGCUUGUUGAAAUGUUACAGUAGUUUUUCCUACUCUGCCAUGCCGUUUUCGCGCGGCAUUACCGUCUCCCAUUCGAAACCCCCAAGGCCACAAUUGGCUGACGGCUGUCUCUUCGCUUCCGGUUUGUUUUAUAUGCUCCUUAAGGCAAUCGUGGCAGGCUGGUUGGCGGCGAAGGCAAAACGAAUGUGAUGUGAGCGACAGACGCCAAAAAAGACGUGGGGAACGUGAUGGUGGGGGCAGUGGGGUGAAUAGAGAAAAGGGAGUGAUGUGCCCCUUUUUGUCGAUCGGUUGGGCCCGAUUGGCGCCGUCAGCCUGUUUUUGGGGGCGCUGUACAGGAAACGGAACAAGAGACUGCCAAACUCUGCUCCAGGCAUCCUUAUGAAUGGUAAUGUCGGGGGUCUGUUCGUGGAAUAAUGUGGUGGAAAGUGGUGGCUACUACGUGGCCGUGGUAUUGUGAUUUUAUUGUAAAAGUGUCGUGGGAUGUUUUGGUAUUAUUGUAUGGUUAAUUUGUGACAUUUUUAAAUUAUAUUGUGGUUGAUCGUUUAUUUUUUUAUUUGAUUAUUGUGAUACUAUUGUAUAGUUGAUUUACAUUAUUGUGUUCUUGUUGUAAUAUUGUUGUAAGUUAAAAUUGUCGUUUUACUAUCGUACAUUGUUUAUUUUAUUUAUUUAAUCGAACUGUGCCUGAUCCAUUACCUUUUCCAGUUACGGUUGCACAAUGCAGCCGGACUCUAAAUUUGAGUCGUACAAUCCCGACCAGCCAAAGAUGGUCACCAGCUUUAAGGGCAACCAGAAGCUCAUCUUCCAAGGCUAUCGCUACAAUAUUCACCAUAACGUCGAGACCAAGGGUAUCAAAACAUGGCGUUGUGUGUGUGCCAAGAAGUUAACCUCGUCGAGGUCAUGGUGCAAAGGUCGCGCCGAGACAUGGGAGAAUGAUACGAAAGGAACGGCCAAGGGGGAACAUAACCAUCCAGCCGAACACGACGUCGCAGAGUUGGAAUACUUCAAGGUAAGGGAAUUUCUUUUUUGAGAAAUCUUUUUUUGAAAGGAAUAUUUCUGGUCAAAAAGUUUAUAGAAUUAUAUUUUUAUGCAGGUUCUAUAAACCUUUUGUCAAACUAAUGAAAUUACACAUUUUCUAUCUUCUACGCACUUUUCGACCGCUCCACCAGAUGUUUUUCAUUUAUUUGUUAUUCUUUUUCCAAUUUAAAAGCGAAAUGCGCGAAACUUUCGCCGUUUGUCCUUGACACGCUUCUCAAGUUACUGUAUUUUCUCUUCAGAGCCAGCUAAUUUUGGCCGCGAUCAGUUUUCCGAAUAUCCCUUUGAACGAUCUGAUCGAUGAAGCUGCCACCUACAUGACGACCGGAGUGACCUUCGGGAGUCGAGAUAGCCUCAAGAAGUCGCUGACGAUGGCCAGAAGAAGCGCCGAGAAUGGAGGCUUCAGGUUGCGACAGUACAAGAGCUCAGAAUCCUCCAAGUCCAGGAAUCAGAAUCAACAGAAUAUUAACCAACUUCCGACUGCCGUAAGUUACAGUACUUGUCGUUUUGAAACUUAAAAAUGUUUUAAAAUUAAUUUAUAUUUAUAUUAAUAAUGGAAGUUUCAAAAAGUUGUGAAAUUUAAAGAAUUUCAAAGUAUUUUUCGACGUUUCAGGUGAAGCUACCGACGGAACUGAAGUUCCCCACGAACGGAACCAUGAUGAGCCUCUUGAUGUUGGCACAACAAUGCAGCAAGAAACAGGAGAACAAUAACGACGCCGACCACUCCGAUCUUAACGACGUCAGUUUUUUCUCUUUUCUUAUGUAACAACAACAAUAACCCAUCGUAUCCCAAAACAAAAAUCAUUAAGAAACGAACGAAAAUGACUUUUUCUGUUAAUUGAACUUUUUACAGAAUCUUCAUGUAGCUUAUAUUAAGGUUGUAUUACAAAUCGAAUGCUCCACAUUAGGCUUGUUGCUAAUUCCACAGCCUAAAAUUAACUAACCAACAUUAACUAAUUCUUUGCAAUGUUAAUGUUACCUAUUUUAGCAAAGCUCCUCAUCAACGUCAGACUUCCUGAGCCAGUUGAUGGGCAACAACCACCACAACCAUCACCAAGAACUGCUCGAUGACUUUGAUCGCAACUCCCCCUUGGCCAAGAUGGUCAAAUUGGACGACUCAGUCGACUUUAAUGAUAGUGGCAUUUCGUUGUCUACCUCGGGAGGCCUUCUGAACUGGUCUCCACAACGACAUAACACCGACAUUCACAAUGUAAAUACACCUUCAGCUCGGUCGACACCCCAGUCGACCCAAUCUAACUUCACUUACCUGCCUCAGGCAUCAGUCCAGUCUAAAUCGGCCAUCGAUAGGGCCAUCAGAGGAACAAAAGCUGCCAGAGCCAACGACAUUAUCAACAAGUAAGUGGUGUUGGUUUUUUGUACUUUUAAUUUUAAAUUUCAACUUUUUUCGAUUUUUAAAUUUUUUGAAUUUUUGGGUUUCUGAAGUGUCCUGUACCUUUUAUGUAGUACGUAGCUGUUGUAAAACGUCACGACGGUCAUUUUUUGUGUAAAACGGAGUCGGUCAGUAAAACUGUGACUUAUAUGAACUUGCGUAAACAUUGCGGGACCUGUUUUUGCUGACCUGGGAUUACUCGAAAAGGACAAAGGAGAUGGAUCGGUCACGACAUGGACGAUGAACAUGACUUUGUUUACCGUACAUUUACGAAACAAGUCACGCCGUAAAAGGCAAAGGAAACACUUGACUCAAAUUUUAAAUUAAAUUUUAAAAGUUGAAAAGUUAUAUUAUGAUAGAAGAAAGGAAAACAAUUGAAUUCAUUUUAAAUUUAUAUUAAUCUUAUCAUCUCCUUUCAGGCUCUCCAAACAAGCACUAGCCCGAAAGUCGCCGGAUCUCUUAGGCUCCAACGCUUCUGACGCCUCAUCUGAAGCCUCGGUCUGCUCUCGACCUCGUCUCGCAACCAGUUCCAUCGAGACUCAGACCGACUUCGACCUGCUCCAAACCCCUCUGAAGACGCUGAAGACGAACGGCUGCGACAAGAACAGAUGUCCCAGCAUUGUCAGCGUGAAGGACGACGAGUCCAACGAAGAGGACGACGCCAUGACAGAGCACGGUGAGUGUCAGAACGGCAAGGGAGACAAGUGUGGGUGUCGCGUGAUACGGAUAUGUUGCUGCGAGAACAACAGCAACUGCAGCAAACGGAAGCGACAGUUCGUCGAGAUCAGCGCCGAGUGA